CAUUUAAAACACAGUCCAAAUACCCAACAAUACUGGAAGAGAAACGCGGCAACUCCGGUGAGCGAAUCCUCAAAUCCCUAGAGAUUUCUCGAUUUUCGUUCAUCGGUCUCGUCGUCGGGGAACCAUUGAGGAUUGAGAUCAUCACCUCGUUCCAUCUCCCGAAUCGCUCUAGACUGAUGCUGAUGAUGGAUACCGAACCUGAUCAGCAACAUCAACACCCGCCGCAAAAGCAAAAGCGACUGUCGAGAAGGAGAUGGACACCGUCUCUCGACAAGGUGUUGGCCGAUCUGGUGGUGAAACAGAUCAAUCAAGGGAACAGACAGAACAACGGUUUCGACAGGAAGACGUGGGUCAACAUGCGUAACGAGUUCAACCACCAGACGGGACUCAACUACAACAACAACCAGCUUAGGAAACAUCUUAAUGUGCUGAGACAGCGUUAUGAUUCGGUUAAAUCUUCUCAGCUUCAUAACCAGCUUGUUAUUGAGGAUGAUGCAGGAGGAUGUAUCUUGGGGUUGGACUUGUGGGAAGAUUUUGGUGUGCAGCCUAGGAGUGAACCUGUUAAAGUUAAAGAGUGUCCUAUCUAUGACCAGCUUUCUACUAUAUACGGUGAUGUUUCUUCUGAAGGGAUGUAUGCUCAGUCAAGUCACUUCGAGGGGUUAGACGAAUCAAUGCCAAAUCAUAAUAAUACCUCUGAGAGUUUGCCAACACCAAAUGUGGAGAGGAAGAGGAAGAGAGAGACUUCUUCUGUGUCCCCGAGCCAGAUUGAUCCAGCAGUAAUGGAAACUAUGGCAGGUACUUUGUCGGACAUGAUCACUAGUCUGAGGUCAAGGAUUGGUGGUUUGGAUACGGAAGAAGAAGACGAGAGGUUUAGUAUCGCAAAAUGCAUCGGUGCGCUUGACGAGAUUGAGAAUGUGGAUGAAGGUGUCUACUUUGGAGCUUUGGAUCUUUUUGAGAGUCCUGGUCUUAGAGAGACAUUUAUCUCUCUUAAAGCUAACAAGUUGCGCUUGACAUGGUUGCAAGUUAAGUGCAGGAACAAAGUUACUCCUUCAGUUGCACAGCUAGGUUGACUUCAACCUAUAUAUUUAUAUAUAUUGAUUUGGUCUUUUGUAGGUUUUUUUUUUGAUUGCUGAUGAUAAAUAGUUGAGGAGUGAAAUAGUAUCAGCUGUGUAAGUUUUAGUUUAUCAUGUUUGCUCAUUAUAUCUUUCAACUGUUUCAGUAUUCAAAGUCUUGAGUUCUCACA